CAGAAAGAUUCCAUUCCCAUCUUCCCUCCUUCCUCCAUCUUUGCUCUCCGUUGUAUGCUUGCCAUCUCUUCUCUUCGUCGCGCUCUCUCUACUAAAACCACAAAGCCCCUUAGAAGGAUAGAAUCCGCGAAACAACUAGCUCGCAGAAUGGCCGCUCUUCCCUCCACUUAUCAGGACCCCGUCCGCAUCGCCGUCAUCGGCGGAACUGGCCUUCGUGAGCUCCCUGGUUUCUCCCAGGUCGCCUCGUUGGACAUCACGACUCCCUGGGGCAAGCCUUCCUCCCCCAUUACGAUCCUGCACCACCAGUGCUCGCACAACAACCAGACCGUCGCCGUCGCCUUCCUAAGCCGCCAUGGCUCGCACCACCAGAUCGCGCCCCACGAGGUGCCCGCCCGUGCCAACAUCGCCGCCCUCCGCUCCAUUGGCGUCCGCACCAUCAUUGCUUUCUCGGCCGUCGGCAGUCUGCAGGAGGAGAUCAAGCCCCGUGAUUUCGUGAUCCCCGACCAGGUCAUCGACCGCACCAAGGGCAUCCGCCCCUUCACUUUCUUCGAGGGAGGCGCCGUCGCCCACGUUCCCUUUGGCGACCCGUUCGACGAGGGUGUAGCCAAGAUUGUCCGGGCCUGCGGUCACACUCUGGAGGGCGAGGGAGUCGUUCUUCAUGACCGGGGUACCCUGGUCUGCAUGGAGGGACCCCAAUUCUCCACUCGCGCCGAGAGCAAGCUCUACCGUUCGUGGGGCGGCAGCGUGAUCAACAUGUCCUGCCUUCCCGAGUCGAAGCUGGCCCGUGAGGCCGAAAUCGCCUACCAGAUGAUUUGCAUGUCCACCGACUAUGACUGCUGGCACGAGUCCACCGCCGACGUCACCGUCGAGAUGGUGAUGGGCAACAUGAAGGCCAACGCUGAGAACGCCAAGCGCUUCGUGACCGCCGUCUUGGACGAACUGUCUGCGGAGAAGAACUCCGAGCUUGUCCAGGCCAAGCACGUCGAGGGAUCUAUCAAGUUCGGCGUCAGCACUCCUCUGCCUCACUGGAACCCCGAGGUCAAGGAGAAGCUGAACUGGUUGUACCCCGGUUACUUUGAAUAGAGAGAUUCUCCUUGUUAUACAGAGAUGAUUCCUGUUGGAAACUUUUGCAUACAUUAUCAUUUCUCACCUAUAGAACAGAUCUUUAUAGUUGAUGAUGAGUUUACGAAUUACAACCUCCAUACCAUUUACUUGAUCGAU